AUGGAGGAUGACCGCGCCCAAGUCGACCUCGGCAUCGCCGCCGACAUCGACGAGAUGAACCCCCCUCCUCCGCCCUCCAUCACCCAAAAACAGCCCAAGAAGCGUUUCCUCGGCCGCCAAAGCGCUGCCGCCGGAAAGACCUCCACUACUCAACCAUCCCCCAACACCUCAAUCGAAGACAGCGGCGCCAUCCAAGUAGCCCAACCGCGCCGCGCUCCGCGCAUGCUCAACCAAGUCCCCGACAGCAUCCUUCACGACGCCGCUCUCAACUCCGCCAUCUCCUUACUCCCCUCCAACUACUCCUUCGAGAUCCACAAGACCAUCCACCGCAUCCGCACCUUAGGCGCCAAGCGCGUGGCCCUGCAAAUGCCCGAAGGCCUGCUCCUCUUCGCCACCACCAUCUCCGACAUCCUUACCGAAUUCUGCCCCGGCAUCGAAACCCUGAUCAUGGGCGACGUUACCUACGGCGCGUGCUGCAUCGACGAUUACACCGCGCGCGCCAUGGGCUGCGACCUGCUAGUGCACUACGCGCAUUCCUGCCUGAUACCCGUCGACGUCACGAAAAUAAAGACACUUUAUGUGUUUGUGGACAUCAGCAUCGACACCUCGCACCUCUUGGCUACCUUGGAACGCAACUUCUCCCCAGGCAAAUCCAUCGCCAUGGUAGGCACGAUCCAGUUCAACGCUACCAUCCACGGCGUGCGCAGCACCCUGCAAAAAGCUGGGUACGAGGUUAUAAUCCCGCAGAUUGCCCCCCUCAGCAAGGGUGAGAUAUUGGGGUGUACAUCCCCCAAUCUGAACCAGUUCUUGACGAAAGAGGGGAAAAAGGUGGAUAUGAUCCUUUAUCUUGGAGAUGGCAGGUUUCACUUGGAAAGCAUCAUGAUCCAUAACCCUGAGAUUCCGGCGUAUCGGUAUGAUCCGUACUCGCGCAAGCUGACGCACGAGACGUACGGACAUGAGGAGAUGCAGGAUGUGCGGCGCGGCGCGAUCAGGCAAGCGAAGACGGCCAAGAAAUGGGGGUUGAUUUUGGGCAGUCUGGGACGGCAGGGGAAUCCGAAUACUCUUGGUCUGAUCGAGGAGAAGUUGAGGGCGAAUGGUACGCCGUUUGUCAAUUUCUGCUUGUCAGAGAUCUUUCCCGGAAAACUGGCGAUGAUGAGCGAUGUCGAGUGUUGGGUGCAGGUGGCGUGUCCGAGAUUGAGCAUUGAUUGGGGGUAUGCGUUCCCGAGACCGCUGUUGACGCCGUACGAGGCACUGAUUGCGCUGGGGGAGAAAGAGGAUUGGGGGAGGGGCGCGUAUCCGAUGGAUUAUUAUGGGAGGGAGGGGUUGGGGAGGGUGAAGCCUGCUGCUGUUGAGGCUUGA